GUCCGCGCAUGCGUGAACGUUGAACGCGAAUUAAAACGAGUGAAGGAAAGGAGUGAAAGAAGUUUCGGAUUACCCAUUGGAAUACCAUUCUUAAGAACUGACCUGACUGGAAGUUGAUUUCAAGAAGAUGCGUAGGUCUACUACGCUUUGCAGGCUUCUGCUCCUCUGGCUCUGUGCUGUGUCCGCCAAUGGACACAUACGCAUUGAGGCCCCGGAAGUGCACGUGGCGCCCAGCUACAAGCCGGCAUUCGUUCGCUCUGCCGUGGAGAGCAUGCCCCUGGAGGAUGAUGGCGGUGCACUGAGUCGUUUCAGCGUCAGACCCUCUUUCGGGGACACCUUUCUGCCGCUGCGCAGCGCCGUGGAGAGUGUGCCCACAGUGAACGAGAAGAAUGUGGCGCAGCUAAGGGAAUCCUCACCGUUGCGUUCCUUUGUCAGGGACUCCGUUGAGGCGCCACCAAGUGACGAGGACGAGGACAAUGACUUUCAAGAACCCAUAAACUUUGAGAGUUAUGUACGAGAUAUCGAUGUGGGAGAGGAGCAAGAGCCCGAAAAACUCACGCAACUGGUGGAACCAGAUCCCUGGACGGUGUCGGAUAAAUAUGCGGCCUUCAUAGCUCCAGGCACCACAGAUGACUAUCAUCCGCAGCCAUAUAGAGCGGGUUCUGAGCACCAGGAGCUCCUCAAGAGUGCAGAUAUUGAAGAACACCUUCUGAAGACCGUCAACAUUGAGCAACUGGAGCAUAUUGAUGAGCUCGAUCCCUACAGGGAGCCCCAGUCGUACGGCGCACUGGCGCAGGCGCAGUCGCAUCUGGGGGAGCAGGAACCCGCCUAUGGUGCACUGGCGCAGCUCAAGGCAGCUGAGAAGAAGAAAAACUACAAUGCGGCACCCAAGGUGCUGUGCUACAUGUCCAACUGGGCCUUCUACCGCAAGGCCGAUGGACACUUUGCACCCGAACAGAUCGAUCCACGGCUGUGCUCCGCCAUUAUCUACUCCUUUGCCUCUCUGGAUCCGGAUCAUUUGACCAUAAGGGAAUUCGAUCCCUGGGUGGACAUUGAGAAUCAGUAUUACAAGAGGAUCACCUCGCUGGGCUUGCCCGUUCUGAUUGCCCUGGGUGGUUGGACGGACUCCAGUGGCGACAAGUACUCCCGUUUGGUCAGCGAUGACAUCAAGCGAAAGGUCUUUGCCUCUAGUGUGACGGGUUUCCUGCAGCGACAUGGCUUCGGUGGCCUCCAUCUCGAUUGGAAUUAUCCCAAGUGCUGGCAGAGCGACUGCUCCAAGGGUCCAGCGAGCGAUAAGCCGAAUCUCACGAAGCUGCUAAGGGAACUAAGAACCGAGUUCCAGCGCGUCAACCCCAAACUCCAGCUGGGAGUGGCCAUUUCCGGCUAUAAAGAGAUCAUUACGGAGGCCUACGAGCUGUCUGCCCUGUCGGACAUUGUAGACUACAUGACGGUGAUGACGUAUGACUAUCACGGCGCCUGGGAGGGGCAGACGGGUCAUGUGAGUCCACUCUAUGGUCAGAGCACGGAUAAGUAUCCGCAGUACAACACGGACUACACCAUGCAGCUGCUGGUGAAAAUGGGUGCCCGCCGGGAGAAGCUCAUACUCAGCAUUCCCUUUUACGGCCAGAGUUUUACGCUGGCCAAAACGCAACAGAAGUUGGUCGGCGAGGGCGUGGCAGCCGCAGGACCGGGCGAGGCAGGAGAACUAACCAAGCAGCCGGGAAUGCUGGCCUACUACGAGAUUUGUCAGCGCAUUCGCAAGUCCAAGUGGCUGACAGGCAGGGACUCGAACAGGAGAUCCGGCCCCUUUGCCAUGAUGAAGGACCAGUGGGUGGGCUACGAGGAUCCCGCCAGUGUGGAGGCCAAGGCCCGGUAUGCGGCCAACAAUGACUUUGCGGGUGUGGCCGCCUGGACCGUGGACUUGGAUGAUUUCCAGAAUCGUUGCUGCAGCGAAUCGUAUCCCCUGCUGAAGGCCAUCAAUCGGGCAUUGGGUCGACUGAAUACAGAGCCACCAACUCGCUCAAACUGCGAACGUCCACCGGCAGCGGUGACGCCUGUGCCGCCACAGAUGACUACCAUAAGUAGCGAUGGGUCGGCGGGAGGAGGACCGAAUCAUCAGCACACAACAGCAUGGCCCAGCUGGGAGGCAGGCAUCAGCACCACGCCGAAGCCCAAGCCAAGCACCACAACCACCACAGUGACGACUACCACGAGCAAGAGACCCAAGAGCACCACCACAGCCAGCACAACGAUCUCCUGGUGGAGUUCCACGACCACAAGGCGACCUCCGAGUAAGCCCACACGAACCACCGCCAGACCCGCACACACCACAAUACCCGCUGCUGCUGUCAUCUAUCCCGUCGUACAGCCCUCGAACUGUGCCGCAGGAGAGUUCUAUGCGGAUGCGAAGAACUGCAAUGCCUAUUACCACUGCAUCAUUGCGGGGGAACUGCGUCAGCAGUUCUGUCCUGGGGGCUUGCAUUGGAACAACGAUGCCAAGGGCUGCGAUUGGCCAGCCUCUGCGCAAUGUUCGGUGAAGUGGGAGACGAGUACGGCGAGACCUCAGGCUCAGGCUCCUUCCACAUCCAAAAAACCCAGAAAGACCACAACCAGUGUGAAGCCCACUCGGAAACCCACAAAGCCCACGCAGCAGCAGGCGGCGGCAGUGGGAGGUAGCACCACGAGGAGACCCACAGCUGUCACUGGAAGCACCACAAAGCGUCCCCAUCGCACCACAAGGCGUCCCAGACCACCGAUGUCUGCUCGUUGCAACGAGGGGGCGUACUACACGCACAAGAACUGUGGCAAGUAUUACAUCUGCAUCAAUGGUGCUCUGGUGCCCAACGAAUGCGGCGGAGACUUGCACUGGGAUGGCAUACGAAAGAUCUGCGACUGGCCUCAGAAUGUGCAGUGUGUGACGAGCAAAAAGUAUCUGCGGAUCACACAAUCGACGCGUAGCAGCGAGGAGGAUCCCUGCAAUGGUGAGGAGAGAGUUCCAUACCCUGGGGACUGCUCCAAGUAUCUGUUUUGCUUAUGGAAUCGCCUGCAGGCAGCCGAUUGUCCACCGGGACUGCACUACAAUGAAGCUCUAAAGAACUGCGAUUGGCCAGCAGCUGCAAAGUGCAAUCAGAAUGGAGGCAGUGGAUCCAGCGGAGGAUCUGGCACGAAACCAAAGCCGCCAGCGGCAGCCAAGCCUGCUCCUACGACAAAGAAACCCACAACGACGCCCCGACCCACAUAUCCCACGGAGAAGCCUCUGCUGGAGCCAUUGGAUGGCUACUACAAGGUCGUGUGCUACUUCACCAACUGGGCCUGGUACCGCAAGGGCUUGGGUCGCUACACGCCCGACGACAUCAACACGGACCUGUGCACCCAUGUUGUCUACGGAUUUGCAGUGCUGGACUACUCCGAGCUGACGCUGCGCACCCACGACUCCUGGGCGGACAUUGACAACAACUUCUACACGCGAGUCAGCGGCCUCAAGAGCAAGGGCAUCAAGGUGAGCCUCGCUCUGGGCGGCUGGAACGAUUCCCAGGGCGACAAGUACAGUCGCCUGGUGCGGAGUGCUGCCGCACGUGCCAAGUUUAUCCGCCAUGCUCUUGAGUUUAUUGAAAAGUACGGAUUCGAGGGUUUGGAUCUCGACUGGGAGUAUCCCGUGUGCUGGCAGACCGAAUGCAGCAAGGGAUUCGCUGAGGAGAAGCAAGGAUUCACUGCAUGGGUGCGUGAGCUCUCGGAGGCGUUCAAGCCACGAGGACUGCUGCUCUCCACGGCCGUCUCGCCCAGCAAAAAGAUUAUCGACGCGGGGUACGACGUGCCCGAGCUGUCGCAAUACUUUGAUUGGAUUGCCGUGAUGACCUACGACUUCCAUGGACAGUGGGACAAGAAGACAGGACAUGUGGCUCCACUGUAUCAUCAUCCAGAUGAUGAUUUUGAUUACUUUAAUGCGAACUAUUCCUUGAACUACUGGAUUGAAAAGGGAGCUCCUUCUCGUAAAAUUGUGAUGGGCAUGCCUCUUUACGGCCAAUCCUUUACCCUGGAGAAUGCCAACAAUAAUGGUCUGAAUGCCAAGGCGCCAGGACCCGGCCAGGCGGGAGAAUUCACCAAAGCUGCUGGCUUUUUGGCCUACUACGAGAUUUGCGAUCGUGUGAAGCAUCAAGGCUGGGAGGUUGUCCAGGACGAACGCGGUCGCAUGGGUCCUUAUGCACGCAAGGGCACCCAAUGGGUGUCCUACGAUGAUCCCGAGAUGAUUCGAAAGAAGUCGCAGCUGGUCAGAGCUUUGGACUUGGGAGGCGGCAUGGUGUGGGCCCUCGAUUUGGAUGACUUCCGUAAUCGAUGCGGUGAGGGGGUGCAUCCUUUGCUAAGGGAAAUCCACGAUGUCCUCAAGGAUCCACCCAGUGGCUAUGAACCAGCGCCUGGCUUGAACCCCGUUGAGCCAGAAUCAGUGGAAGAGCAGGCCAUUUCGGAGGAGGCCGGCACCGCUUCUGUGGAGAAUGAAACAGGAGGAGGAGAAGCCUCUCAGGAAGCAGCAGCGGCUGGAGGAGAAACCUCUCAGGAAGCAGCGGCAGGAGGCGAAGAAGUAACCUCGGGAGAAGAUGAAAACGAAGUUGAAGCCAUAGAAGUAGAGGCUGCCCAGCCAGGGCACACCUCCUCCCAAGAGUCCAGCAACGAGGCAGGCGGCUCCUCAGAAUCCUCGCAAGAAAACCAGGUCGAUCCCAACGAAGACAUCGAGGAGGGUGACUUUGAAGUGGAAACCGAACCGGCAUCCCCUGGAGACUUCAAGGUGGUCUGCUACUUCACCAACUGGGCCUGGUACCGUCAGGGCGGGGGCAAGUUCCUGCCCGAGGACAUCGAUGCGGAUCUGUGCACCCACAUUGUGUAUGGGUUCGCGGUGUUAAAUCGGGACAAGCUGACAAUACAGCCGCACGAUUCGUGGGCGGAUCUGGACAACAAGUUCUAUGAGCGUGUGGUGGCCUACAGGAAGAAGGGCGUCAAGGUCACAGUGGCCAUUGGCGGCUGGAACGAUUCUGCUGGUGAUAAGUACGCGCGUUUGGUAAGGAGUGCCCAGGCCCGUGCGAGAUUCAUUCGCCAUGUGAUGGACUUUAUCGAACAAUAUGGCUUUGAUGGCUUGGACCUGGAUUGGGAGUACCCCGUGUGCUGGCAGGUGGACUGCAAGAAAGGCACGGCCGAUGAGAAGCGCGGGUUCACCGACUUGGUGCGGGAAUUAUCUGUGGCAUUCAGACCCAAGGGUCUGCUGCUGUCUUCUGCCGUUUCGCCCAACAAGAAGGUCAUCGAUGCGGGCUACGAUGUGCCCGAGCUGUCGCGCUACUUUGAUUGGAUCGCCGUGAUGGCCUACGACUACCAUGGACAGUGGGACAAGCAGACGGGACACGUGGCGCCCAUGUACGAGCAUCCCGAUGGCACCGCCACCUUCAAUGCCAACUUCUCGAUCAACUAUUGGCUGGAGAGUGGCGCCGAUCGGCGCAAACUGAUCAUGGGCAUGCCCAUGUACGGCCAGUCCUUCUCCUUGGCCCAGUCGAACGAUCAUCAGCUGAAUGCCCCCACCUAUGGCGGUGGCGAGGCGGGAGAGGCCACCAGAGCACGUGGAUUCCUAGCCUACUACGAGAUCUGCACGUACAUCCGACAGCGUGGCUGGAAUGUGGUCAGAGAUGCCAGGGGCAGAAUGGGUCCAUUCGCCUACCUCCGGGACCAGUGGGUGUCCUUUGACGAUGCCCCAAUGAUACGCCACAAGAGCGAGUACGUGAAGGCCAUGGGUCUGGGUGGUGCCAUGAUUUGGGCCCUCGAUUUGGACGACUUCAAAAACGACUGCGGCUGCGAAUCGUAUCCCCUGCUAAAGACCAUUAAUCGUGUGUUGCGUGGCUAUGGUGGACCACAUCCCAAGUGUUUGUUGGAGAACAGUGAGAAGACUAUGAUUUCUGGCGACAAGGAGCCGCCCAAGCCCAGCAUCAACACGAGUGCUUCUCCGCUGACGGAAGCCGCAGGAGUAGCCGCUGCUGGACAGCCCAUCGACUGCAAAGGCAGAAAUUACUUGGCCCAUGAGCGAGAUUGUAACAAGUACUACAUUUGCCAAUACGGAGAGCUUGUAGAGCAGCGCUGCCCUGCGGGUCUUCAUUGGAAUGAAAACUACUGCGAUUGGCCCAACAAUGCCAAAUGCUCGGUGCGCGCGGAUCAAACCACCCAAGCACCGGCCAUACAUCGACCAAAACCUACCAGCAGCAGCAGCACGGCAGUCGCUCCUGCAGCCACAAAACCCACCAAGAAACCCUUUACACCGCCCAACAAGAAGCCCAUUUCGAGACCCAAACCAACACCAGCACCGGCGUUGGGCAGUGGAGAGGACUACAAGGUCGUCUGCUACUUCACCAAUUGGGCUUGGUAUCGUCCGGGGCAGGGUAAGUACGUUCCCGAAGAUAUCGAUGCCAAUCUGUGCACCCACAUUGUGUAUGGGUUUGCGGUGCUAAACAGCAACUCGCUGACCAUCAAGACACACGACUCGUGGGCGGAUAUCGACAACAGGUUCUACGAGCGAGUGGUGGAGUACAAGCAGAAGGGUCUCCGGGUAACCGUGGCCAUUGGCGGAUGGAAUGAUUCGCUGGGCAGCAAAUAUGCCCGUUUGGUGCUGGACCCUCAGGCGCGUGCGCGCUUCAUCGAGAGUGUCCUGCAGUUUGUGGAAAAGUAUGGCUUUGAGGGACUCGAUCUCGACUGGGAGUAUCCCGUGUGCUGGCAGGUGGACUGCGCCAAGGGAUCACCCGCAGAGAAGCAAGGAUUUGCGGCUCUGGUGAGGGAGCUAUCGGAUGCCUUCCGGCCCAGAGGAUUGCUUCUAUCAGCCGCUGUGUCGCCCAGCAAAAUGGUCAUCGAUGCGGGCUACGAUGUGCCCCAGCUGUCGCGCUACUUUGAUUGGAUCGCUGUGAUGACAUACGACUUCCAUGGCCACUGGGACAAGCAAACGGGCCAUGUGGCGCCUCUGUACUAUGUUGAGGGCGAUGCCAAUCCGUAUUUUAACGGGAACUUCAGCAUUCACUACUGGCUGGAUCAGGGCACGCCCGCGAGUAAGCUGAUCAUGGGCAUGCCGCUCUAUGGACAAUCCUUUUCGCUUUCGGAUCAAAAGCAUCGCUCGUUGAACGACAAGACGGCGGGACCCGGACAAGCAGGAACAUACACACGCGCCGGAGGAUUCCUGGCCUACUACGAGAUCUGCGAGAAGGUCAGCAACGGAGGCUGGACUGUGGUCCGGGAUGAGGAGGGUCGCAUCGGUCCGUAUGCCUACAGCGGCAAUCAAUGGGUCUCCUACGAUGAUGUGGCGGAUAUUCGACGCAAGGCGCAGUUUGUGCGGAGUCUGAAGCUUGGCGGUGGCAUGGUCUGGGCCCUGGAUCUCGACGACUUCCACGGCCGCUGCGGUUGUGGCAAGCAUCCGCUUCUGCGCACCCUCAACCAGGAGCUGCGCGGCAUUCCCGGACAGCGGACCAACGAUUGCACAUAAUAAUCAAUAUUCCGGAAUAUUACUUAGUGAUCAUAUCUCGUAUGCCGUCUUCUGCUUGAAAAAAAAAAAAUCCAUUGCUGCUGACUGGGCUCGCAAUCUAUUGUCAAGAUUUUUGCCAUUUAGUUGUAUAAGCACGAAAAACCCAAACUCCAAACCUAUCCUAUCCCCAAUAAACUGAUAUUUUAUGCUA